UUUAUGUUGCUUUAGGUAUGUACCUACUAUGUUCGAUUUGUGCUUUAGUAAAUUGUAAUAUUUUUAUUUUAAUAACAAAAUGGGUUGAAAAUUAUAUAUGAAAUGAAAGUGUUUGUGAUAAAGUAAAAGUAAAUCCAACAAGUAAUUUUAAGAUGUGAUCAUGGCCGCAACUGUGAAAAUAUUUGUGAUCUCACUGUGGCUUCCGUACACAAUGGUGUAUGGGUUUGACUUCAUAUCACAAUACCCAAUGCACUCAAAUGAAACAUUCCAGUUUAAUCAUCUAGUUGUAGAUCGAGUCAGUGGUCAAGUUUACGCUAGUUCUGUAAACUGGCUGCAUCAACUGAGUCCCGAUUUGAAACCACUGCAUGUUAUACGGACGGGACCUAAGCUCGAUAAUCCUAUGUGCCAUGCUAGCGGUUGCUCGUCGCCAGACAUACAAACAACGUGGACAGACAAUGUAAACAAAAUUUUAGUGAUAGAUCAAGAGUCAAGAAUAGUUAUUGCUUGCGGGUCUAUCGCGCAAGGGUCGUGUUACAAGUAUAAAUUGGGUGAUUUAUCAGCGGAACCAGAAUUUUUUCCGGAAAGUGUUGCUGCAAAUGAUGCUGAUGCAUCUACUUAUGCAUUCAUUGGCCCCGAGAGAUAUAGCUCAUGGGACAGAUCUAAUGUCCUAUAUGUGGGAACAACAUUUACAAAUAAUGGCGAAUACAGACAUGAUGUACCUGCAAUAUCAAGCCGCGAUUUGAUGUCACUUCACUUAGCACAAUUCACAUUUUCAAAACAAAGUUUUAUACAAAUAGAUGUUAAAUACAGGGAUAAUUUUUUGGUACAGUAUGUUUAUGGAUUUAAUGCUAGUGACUAUGCAUAUUUUGUUAUAAUUCAAAAACAUUCCCAUCUGGCUGGAAAUGAAGAACUAGGCUAUGUUACAAGACUAGCAAGGACUUGUGUUAAUGAUGACAACUAUAACAGCUACACUGAAGUGACUCUGGAGUGCCAUGUGAGAGAAGAAUCGGCUAAUGGUAAGAGUGAUAUUGUCAAUUACAACCUUGUACAAGAUGCUAAAAUUGCAAAAGCUGGUGUGAAUCUUGCAUCUCAACUUGGUGUAGAACCAGGUGAUCCAGUUCUUAUUGCUGCAUUUAGCCCAUCCAAAGGCAUCACUAAUGAACCAUUAUCAAAAUCAGCAAUUUGUGUAUACUCAUUGCAGGAAAUAGACAUUAAGUUUAAUGAAAAUGUUCAUAUGUGUUUUAAUGGUAGUACUAAAGCUCGAAAUAUGGGCUACAUAUCAGGUAUGAUAUCAGAUGGUAAGUGUCCUAGUGUUGGAUCAGUGGGGAAUAUUCUUAAUUUCUGUGAGGUAGGUCUUAAGAUUAGUGGACUGUAUCCUAUCAAGACAAUGUCAGCAAUAUCAUUGAAUAAUACACUGGUGACAUCAGUUACUGUGUCUGUUACUGGUCUGCAUACAGUAGCAUUUGUUGGCACUAAUGAUGGCACUCUCAAAAACAUUUUGAUUGACAUGGAAAGAUCUAUUGAAUAUUAUAGUAAUUCUCUUUUACAUGGUCAGAAAAUAUUGGCCGAUUCCACCCUCUCUCCAUACCAAAAAUCCUUAUAUGUUCUAGCUAAAAACACAAUAAUUCAAAUACCAACAGAAAAAUGUGCAGAGCUUGGUAAUUGUUCUUCAUGUUUAGAAUCAAAUGAUCCUCAUUGUGGCUGGUGUUCAUUAGAAAAAAGGUGUACUAUUCAAAAUAUGUGUCAAAAAGGUACUCAAAGUGCACCUAGGUGGCUAUCUCAAUACACUGGUCAACAAUGUAUUGAUUUUGAGCAAAUUUUACCUGAUAGAAUCUCUUUAAAUGAAGUCACAAAUGUUCAAUUAAUUAUUAGAACAUUACCUGAACUACCUUUUGGGGCUAAGUACAAAUGUGUAUUUGGAAAUCUACCUCCCAUUGAUGCUGCUGUAACAUCCAAUGGUCUAGCCUGCCCUACACCAGAUAUUAAAAAUAGACCCAAAAUACCACAGACCCAAGAUCAUGUAUAUGUGCCAUUAUCAGUACAUUCAUCAGAAACAAAUAAGGAUUUUGUUUCAAGAAAUUUUGCUUUCUAUGACUGUUCAAAACAUACAACAUGUCAAACCUGUAUUAUGAGUGAAUGGGCAUGUAAUUGGUGUAUUUAUGACAAUAAAUGCACACAUGAUGUAUCAGUCUGUCAGAGAAAUAUAAUAUCUGGGGAAAAUAAUCCAACAAAGCUAUUAAAUCAUGGUAUUGGACACUGUCCCAGAAUAAGACAAUAUAAGAAGCCCAUAUUAUUACCGAAUAAUGUUCCAAAGGAAUUGGAACUUGAAGUUGAGAAUCUUCCUCAUUUGCAACCCGGUCACACAGGAUUCCAAUGUAUUGUUAGUAUUGAAUUGGCAAAUAUGAUUCUACCGGCAAGAGUUGAGUCAAAUCACUUCAUUGUUUGUGAUAAAACAAUGUAUUCUUAUGAAGAAGAUGUUGGGGAAUAUAAUGUAAGUGUUAAAGUUUUUUGGAAUCACAAACACUACAUUGAUACAAUUAAUAUUACCUUGUAUAAAUGUGAGAUAUUAGGCUCCCAUAGAGAUCAUGCUGAUUGUUCACUUUGCAUAACUAGAAACUCUGUCUAUCAGUGCACUUGGUGUGGCAAUUCUUGCUCGUAUAGUGAAUCUUGUCUGGAAAAUCCUGUCACUGAAUGUCCUAAGCCUAGAAUUGAUAUGAUUAAACCACUUAGUGGCCCAAUUGAAGGAGGCACUAUAUUAACAAUAGAGGGAAGUAACCUUGGCUUAAGAGUUGAAGAAGUUACUGGAAAAGUUCGUAUUGGAGAAGUUCUGUGUCAAAUAGUCGAUUUUGAAGUGUCUGUUAGUAUAACAUGUCGGACUGGGCCUUCAAAUGGUUCUGGUAUUUUACCUGUUAUUGUAGAAAAUGAUGCUGGGUAUACAGAAUCAUCAGUUCUCUUCAGUUAUAAGAAUAUUAUACUUCAAGGUGUGUAUCCCAAUCUAGGCCCAGUUUCUGGUGGAACACAGCUAGCAAUAGGAGGACAGCAUUUAAAUAUUGGUUCUUCAGUUUCUGCCUUCCUUGAUGAACUUCCAUGUGCUGUAAACAAAACCCAGACUUCAAACAGUAGAUUAAUUUGUAUUACCCCCAAAGCUAGUACUCCUCAAAUCAUUCACUCUGUGACAGUAAGAAUUGACAAUGCAAAUAGAACACUUUAUGGAGAUUUAUUUAAUUAUACAGCAGAUCCUACUAUUAUGGAAAUAAAACCAUUAAAAAGUUUUGUUUCUGGAGGCCGCAUGAUAACAGUUCAUGGAACUUAUUUACACACAAUACAAAAACCACUGAUGAAACUGUACUAUGCAAAUGAAGAAGUUCCUGUUAAUUCUACUCCAUGUGUUGUUUUAAACUCUAAUCAGAUGGAGUGUCCCAGUCCUGCAAUUAAUAAAAAGUAUUUUGAUAUACUACAAGCUACCAAGUCUCAAACAAGUACUCCACAAAUAGCCUUGAAAGUUGGAUUCGUUAUGGACAAUGUAGAAACUAUGCAUGAUCUGGAGAAGUAUUUUAAUCCUCCAAGGACCCAUAUGGUUUUUGUAGAAGAUCCUCAUGUUUAUCAAUUUCCAAAUCGAAUAAAGUCUUAUAAAGGUGAUCCUUUAGUAAUAGAAGGGGAAAACUUAAUAAGAGCAAGUGAUGAAACUGACGUUAUUGUGACAAUUGGCACUCAAGCUUGCAAUGUCACAAGUCUUACAAUGCAGCAACUACUCUGUACUCCACCAGAGUUACAGCCUGAUAACACAGAUGAAAAUGGCCUCCAAAUUAGUGACAUAAGCUUACCUUUGGUGGUUGUAAAGAUUGGUAGGAAUCUUAGAUUUCCUAUUGGAUAUUUACAUUAUGAAUUAUUAAGAAAUUACAACUUUCCACCAGAAGCAAUAGCUGGAAUUGCAGCAGGAACAUUCUUUUUGGUUCUUAUAUUCAUGAUUGUUCUGGUUAUGUAUAGACGAAGGAGUACGAAAGCUGAAAGAGAAUAUAAACGAAUACAGAUCCAGAUGGAUACACUAGAGAGCAAUGUUAGAUUGGAGUGUAAGCUAGCAUUUGCAGAACUUCAAACUGAUAUGUCUGACUUGGCAGCUGAUUUAGAACAUUCUGGUAUCCCAACCCUAGAUCAUGUAAAUUACGUCAUGAAAGUAUUUUUCCCAGGUGUUUCCGACCACCCAAUACUAAAUCUUCAGCGUCAAUUUAUUAAUACACCGAGGACCAAUUAUGACGCGGCUAUGUUCCAAUUUGAGCAGUUGUUAAACAAUAAAUCUUUUCUGCUGUCAUUUAUAGACACAUUAGAAGCACAAAAAUCAUUUAACAUUAGAGACAAAGUUAAUGUUGCCUCCUUGUUGAUGGUUAUACUGAUGGGUAAAAUGGAAUAUGCUACUGAUAUACUCAAAUCUCUUCUAUUGCGUCUGAUUGAUAAAUCAGUCUGUAAUAAACAUCCACAGCUGAUGUUGAGGAGAACAGAAAGUGUUGUGGAAAAAAUGUUAACAAAUUGGAUGGCAUUGUGCAUGUACUACUACCUGAAAGACUACGCCGGCUCAUCUCUCUUCCUCCUGUUUAAAGCCAUUAAACACCAGAUAGAGAAAGGUGUGGUAGAUGCUAUUACUCACGAUGCAAGAUAUUCAUUGUCGGAAGAAAAGCUUCUCAAAGAACAGAUAGACUAUCAGAUUGUUACCUUGCAUGUUAUUCAAGACGAUUUUGAUGAUAAACUGCAGUGCAAAGUCUUAGAUUGUGAUAGUAUAUCGCAAGUGAAAUCUAAAAUAUUAGAUGCUUUAUUUAAAAACACUCCGUUUAGUAUGCGACCUUCCGUCCAUGAAGUUGAUUUAGAAUGGCGGCACGGUAGAGGUGGCCAUGUCACUCUACAGGACGAAGAUGUUACGACUAAAACUUUAAAUGGCUGGCGGAAGUUAAACACAUUGGCCCAUUACGGUGUUAAAGAAUCAGCAAUUAUGUCUUUAAUACCUCGGCAAAACGAUAGCUUUAAUACUCCAUACAAAAUUCCAUGCAAGAACUGUACCGGUAUAUAUUGCACUAAUUCACAUAUACGUGUGUAUAAAAACGACAUAGCCGACCAAAAUGUACAUUAUUACCACUUAGUAAAGCCUCUUGAAUACCAACAUAUUAUCAACAAAUCAUCCGAGCACAGCCAUAAAGCGAUUCCCGAAAUAUUUCUUACGAGAUUGUUGUCCACUAAAGGGACCGUACAUAAGUUCGUCGACGACUUUUUCAGUACAAUAUUGACUGUUAACGAGGUUCUCCCACCUGCUGUGAAGUGGUUAUUCGAUCUCUUUGACGAGGCAGCGAGAUCUCACGGCAUUAUGAACCCCGAGGUAGUGCACGCUUGGAAGUCGAAUAGUCUACCUUUGAGAUUUUGGGUUAAUCUCAUUAAAAACCCUGAUUUCAUAUUUGAUAUAAACAAAACCGCGACUGUUGAUUCCUCAUUAUCAGUGAUAGCCCAAACGUUUAUGGAUGCCUGUUCUUUAUCUGAGCACCGACUUUGUAAAGAUUCUCCAUCCAAUAAGCUUCUAUUUGCAAAGGAUCUCCCCACAUAUAGGGAUAUGGUGAUACAUUUUUAUCAAGCAGUAUCUCAAUUACCUCAAGUAACCGACCAAGAGCUAAGUACUUCGAUGCAACAGCUUUCUGUCGAUCAACUGAACGAAUUUGAUACGCUAUCUGCGUUAAAAGAAUUAUAUAUCUAUGUCAGUAAAUAUAGAGAGCAAAUUGUGUUAGGUUUAGAGAAUAAAAUGCACUUAGCUCAUAAGUUAGAUAACAUAGCCUGCACUAUGGAUGGUGAUCCUGCAUCCAUAUGCUGACUAGGUGGUAAGAUUUAAUUUAAUGGCAGUUAAUAAUUAUUGUGAUUUCUUUUAUACAUAAUUUGUAAGAAAGCUUUAAUUUAUUGUGAAAUACUCAAAACAAGAUAUUUGUAAAGAAAGACUGUUUAUUACCAGUUCUGUAUGUCUAGUUCUGAAUGAUAAUUACUUAAUAUUAAUAGAUUAUUUUUUUUAUUGGAUUAUAUCUAUGGAAACAAUGAUAAUAUAGGUGACUCAUAAAAUUGAUUUUGAAUCCAUUUAGAGUAAGAUGGCUGCGUAAAUUAUAUUGAGCACAUGUCAGGAUAUAAAUAUAGACAUUUUUAAUUCCCAGUGGCCAUAAGUCUAUUGUUUUAUUAGUUAUUUUAAUUUAAUUAAAUGUGUUUGAUUUGAAAAUUACAAUGAUUUGAUCAAAUUCUCAAUUUUUCAGUCUGGCAACUGAUUUUAUAUAUUAUAUUGUUGUGGUAACUCAGAUAUUAUAUUGGCAUGCUGAAUUACUUAAUAUUUGGUGUGUGAUUGCUAAGAUAAUAUUACUAUGUAUUAUUAGCUGUAACAUUAUUACUUAUUAUUUAAAAUGUAAAGAGAAUUUAAGCAUUAAGAAAAUGUUGUGAUAGUUGUACUUGGAAUAAAAUAACGUUUACCGUAACUACUGUUACUAUCUCGUAUUUAGUGUUUGUUUUGAUCUCCACUCAAACUGAUAUACUUACCUAAGAACUUUUUGUUUAUAAAAUUGAUAUCAACUAAUAUAGAGGCGUUGACACCAUGCUUUCUAUAAGUUCGCUUGAAAUCGCUUACAGUUCGAUGAAUUCACUGUAGUUAACAUCAUAAAUAGCAGAGGAAACUACCUCUAGAGUCUAGGCUCUAAUUGUUUAGUAUAGAUACAUCUGAGAUAAUUUAUAUGUCUAGGCCACGUUUAUAACUUUAGUGUGUGUGCACUGCCCAAACAAGACGUUUUCACAGUUGCCACAAUACGUAUAAAUUAUCUGACUUGUUUUACUUUGAUUUAAUUUUGAUGUGAACAAUUUUUUACUGUUGCUGGAAAGCUUACCGCUUUAGGAUACUCAUGUUCUUUUAGGAAGCAUCGUGUCUACAAGUUUAUACCUACAAAUUAAUAUUAUUAUCUUUUUUUUAAGUAAAAUAUAACAAUGAUACGUUUAAUGGAUGCUUUAUAAGUUGGCAACGCUCUUGUAUUCCUCUGGAGUUACAAGAGAGUGUGGGCUGCGGUGAUCACCUACCUACCAUCAGGUGACUCAUUUGCUCGUUUGUCCUUCUCUUCCAUUAAAAAAAAAAUUAAACCAUAAAAUGUAUUUCUUGUAAUUAUUAUCGACGGCAUUUUAUUUUAUACAUUUUUGAAUUGGGCCUCAGUAUUUAAUUAUAGUAUGGUUCCUAAUUAUUGCAUUUAUAUCUAUGUAUUGAACUAUGACGUCAUUAUUAUUCCAUUUACAAUGUAAUUUAAUUAUAGACAUAAAUUUAAUUUGUUAAUUCUAAGCGUAAAUUCACCCGUCUCUUAAAAUUUUAUAUUAUUGACUUAGAAAUAUACUUAUUUAUCAAACAUUUAA